AUGAAUUUAGCACACUCGCUUCGAGGCAUUGCACAACGAGGUGGCAUGCUAUGCAUGCAGCAUUCGACAAGAAACAUUCGAUGCUUAUCGACGACCACGUUGUUACGUACGCGCAAGAGUGAAGAUCCUUAUCCAGACCUCGGCAUUCGACAUGCACCUCAAAUGGAGCUUGAGACGCCAUACCCCAACCUUCCUCCCAUUCCACGACCCAACGAAAGUAUCGACAAGAAGCGUGCACGUUUGAGAUAUCAAUCACGUAAACGUGGUAUCCUGGAGACCGAUUUGUUAUUAUCCACCUUUGCAACCGAGCACUUGGAAGGUUUUACAAUGGAGCAGCUUGAACAAUAUGACAAGUUACUUGAUGAACCUGAUUGGGAUAUUUUCUACUAUGCAACCGACAAAAAAACCAUCCCAGACCGUCUCCAAGACAACCAAGUAUUGAAAAUGAUUCGAGAACACGCCAAGAAUGAAAGCAGGAUCAUCCUAAGAAUGCCAGAUUUAGAGGCUUCCAAGGGCAGCAGCAAAAACACAUCAGAAUGA